CUUAGCCAUGCCACAAACCAAAUCUUCGACAGCGCAUCGCCUACCUCUACAGCUGUCGCUGCUGCUGUUAAUCGUCAGCGGUGCUGCUGGCGUCUCUGUCGCGUCCUCGGCCAAUCUGCAACCCUCGCCACGCUUUUUCUAUGCUGCGACGGCGGCGGCCACCCCACCAUCAGAUGCCGCAUCACAGACAAAGGUGCGUCUGCUGCGGCAGACAAACGGCGCAGCAGUACCCGUGGAUGAGGGAAGCUGUUGCCAGGGGGCAGCCGCCGAUGCUGGAACACCUGUAACGUUGCCAUUGGAACUUGCAACGGACUUGAGCAACAUCACCGCCGACUACGAUGUCUCUGGCGAAAUAUCCUCCAAGGAAAACUUCAAACGCAGCGUCACCAGAUCUGCCAUACGGAAUGCCCAGCCUGCGAUCUGCUCGCCUCAGCCGACCAUUGUGGAGCUGAAACCGCCCAGCGAUGAGGCGGGGAAUUUCAAUGUCUACUAUACGCCUGCAUGCACGCGCAUUAAUCGCUGCAAUGGCUGCUGCGGCUCCACAUUGAUCUCCUGCCAGCCCACGCAGACGGAGAAGGUGCAGAUGCGUGUGCGAAAAUUCGAACGUGGCGGCACAUCCAAGCGCAGCUCGGAAAUCAUUGUGGUCGAACAGCAUUUGGCGUGCCGCUGCGAUUGCCGCAUCAAGGCCGAGGACUGCAAUGCGUAUCAGCUGUACAGGAGAGAAUUGUGCCGCUGCGAGUGCCAGAACACGGACGCCAGGGACAAGUGCUUGGAGCAGGCCGACAGCAAGUAUUGGGACGAUGCAAAUUGCACCUGUGCCUGCCGCUACAAUCAGAGCUGCACCACCGGCACCGUUUUCGAUGAGACGCAAUGCAAAUGCACCGAUCCAUCGGCCCCCAUUGAUGUGGUGGAUCGCAAGCGUUUCAUUGUCCAGGCAGUGGAGGUAGAGCCCGACAAUACCACUCUCUAUCAUGUGUAAGAGCGCUGAGGAGGAAACGAGGAAAAGAAGGACCAGUGGGAGGAGGAGCACCAGCUGGGACUACAACCUGGAAUGGCGAGAGAUUGUACUGAGAAACCCACAAAAUACACAAUGAUUGCACUAAGCUUAACUGCACACGUACUUUAUAUAUUAUUUAUAGUUAUCGAUUUAGACCUAGUCUAUUACAACAACCCACACACGUCACACACAUUCCGCCCCCGUACGCCCGUACCCCCGUACCCCCGUAUUCAGUAUUCUGUCUGUUGUUCCCUCAUUUUGUGCGUGCAGCCUAAUUAUUAUAUUUUUUUUUAUUGAUUUGUUAGCUAACUUUUUAGGCGCCUGUUUCCAUGCUUAAGUUUUAUAUUUUUCAAUAUCACCACAGAAAUUUCACUUUUGCCUCACACCUCCCAUAAUUGUGUGUAGAUUUUUGUUUUGUAUAAUUUGUAUGCAAAUUUUGUAGCUUUAAGUCAGGCCAUUCCAAGAACACGAUGCAAGAGAAUAUACAAAGAUUAUUGAAGUAAUAUGUAAA